UAAUUAUUAUUACAUGACCAUAAUGGCCAAGCUUCUCCAAACUCUAGUCUCCAUUGCCAUCCUACUCGCCGCCGCAAGCACGGCGGCUCAGUCGCAAACAACCUCCUUCACCUACGACUUCAACGGCGGCAAGCCGACGGGCCUAACAUACCAAGGAUCCGCCGGACUCCCGUCGGAAACCACCUACCUCCGCCUCACAGACGCCCGGCCCGGCGUCACCGGCCGAGUCUUGCACACAAACCCGGUCCAGUUCUCGCAAACCGGCGGCGGGCAGGCCGACUUCGAAACCACCAUCAACUUCAUCAUCACCCCCGAGGGUGCCAAAACCGUCGCCGACGGCCUCGCCUUCUUCAUCGCCCCCGUGGGGUCCACCAUCCCCUCUGGCUCCGGCGGCGCCAGCCUCGGAAUCUUCGGCUCCGACGGCACCAGCCCCUCGCUCUUCGCCGUCGAGUUCGACACCUACGUGAACAGUGAGUGGGACCCGAACUACCGCCACGUCGGCAUUGACAUCGGGUCCCGGGCAUCCCGCAACGCGACGGAGGCGGGGGACGCCAUAGUCGGGCGGCGGGUGAGUGCCCGGAUCAACUACGUGGGGGCCACGAAGACGAUCACGGUUCGGGUCUCCGCCGGGUCGGAGAAGUUCGAGGUCAGCUACGAGUACGACUUGAGCGGCUUUCUUCCCAAGCAGGUCCAAGUCGGCCUCUCUGCCGCCACCGGAAAGUACGGCGCCACCCACGACAUCGUGUCCUGGUAUUUCACGGCCACCAUGGUGAAUAAAUAGUGGCAAUGCCGGCGCCGAGCAGACAGUGAACUAACCUAGUUCUUCAAACAUUUUCCGAUUAUAAAUAAAUUUUAUAAUAAUAG